AUGUCAAGUCGACCUACCCUUAUCUUCAUACCAGGCUCCUGGCAUAGACCAACAUGCUAUGAGCCAAUUAUUCGGCUCUUAGAGCCCACGUUGAGAUGCGUCGCAGUGUCUCUACCCUCGACAGCAUAUGAUCCAGAGGCGACCUUCAAAGAUGAUCUUGAGGCAGCCCAGGAUGCGAUUUCCGCUGAGACAAGUAACGGGCGCAAUGUCGUUGUCAUCGCACACUCCUAUGGCGGCAUAGUGGGCAGCAGCGCUAUCAAAGGCUUCGCAAAGCCUAAGGACGCUGAUAACAGCCGAUCCGGAUACGUGAUUGGACUAAUUCUCAUGGCCUCUGGCUACACCUUGACUGGGCUGUCCUUUAUGGAUUCAUUCUUUGGUCGUCCGCCGGCGUUAUGGCGUGUGAAUAACGAGACCGGCUACGCCGAGCUUGUCGCUUCCCCGAAGGAGAUAUUCUACCACGACCUCCCUGAGGAAGAGGCGAAAUAUUGGGCUUCUCAGCUUGCGACGCAGAGCCUGAAGGCGUUGUUCGAAGGUCAUGAGUAUACGUACGCUGGGUGGAAAGACGUGCCUUCUUGGUAUAUCGGGACUGUGGAGGAUCGGGCAAUACCAGUGCUGGCUCAGCGAAUGUUAGUUGGUAUGGCAAGAGAAAUGGGUGCUAGUGUGGAGCAUCGAGAGCUGCAAACGAGCCAUUCGCCUUUUCUAAGUGAACCUGGUUUGACUGUGGGGAUUAUUUUAGAAGCUGUUGAUGCAUUUACCCAUUCUACACGCGACAAAUCCAAGUUAUCCAUUGGUGGAGCUGACAACGUGAUAGUCGUGCCUCGGGCCACCCUCUUGAAGCCACUGACAUGGUUCAGCUUCGGAUUGCCGAUGGCCUUUGGCCGUGUGUUAGGCAGAUGCAUUCUUUUAUAUGGCUGGGGAAAGAGACUAUGGAGAGCUUGGUUUCGUUGA